AUGCCCACUAGUAACCAAGUAUCGGCCGCAGAGCUUCAAACCCUCUCCUCGAAAGCCAUCGCUGCGAAGGAGGCAGCACAUUGCCCAUACUCGAAAUUCCGCGUGGGUGCCUGUCUCCUUACGGAGGAAAGGGAGUUCAUUGUCGGCGCCAACGUCGAGAAUGUUAGCUACCCUGUCGGCGUGUGCGCGGAGAGAUGUGCUUUUUCAACCGCUGUUGUAGCCGGACACAAAAAUUUUAGGGCCAUCGCCGUCGCGACAGACAUUGUCCCGGGUGCAUCCCCGUGCGGGAUGUGUAGGCAGUUCAUGAGAGAAUUCUGCCCUCCUUCUUUCCCAGUUUACUUGUACGGAGGGGAUGGCAAAUAUACGGUGAAGACAAUGGGGGAGCUUCUCCCACAUUCUUUUGGGCCUAAUGAUCUUCCACAGUAA